UAGGUGUGAAGUUGGUCUGUGUCAUGCUAUUUUAGUGAGCUAGUAGUAUUCAGUCUGCUCUAGUUUUCCUUUUUCUUAAUGCGUAACUUUCACACGCAUGAAUCGUCUCGUGUAUUUAUUUAAUUCGUUUCCAAAAAUAGAUGUCCUUUCUUUUAUGCAUCAUGUUUUUCCAUCUCAUCCCAGAGUCGGGAUCUAAUAUUAUCAUUUGUAUCAAAAAAAACAAAAAAUUUUCCGAUUUUAGUAUCGUUUGAUUUACCGCAUGAAUUGUAGCCCCCCGUGUGUGCUAUACGGCUACGUCAUUUUUUUCGUCGCGCGUUUGUUCCAUGUGUAUUCCUUCGCUAGCUGGAGUGCCUGCCGCGAGUGCAUGCAAUUAUGCUGAAUCGCCGAGUUUGCAGUUUGGAGGAUUGACUAUAUAAACCCUUGCCGGCGUUUCCAAUAAUCACUUCCAUGACCGCACCGCUGCUCCAAGGCCACGAGAUGUGUUCUGCAACCGAGAUGCUUCACUUCUUCUGCUGGUAUACUGGACCUUCCACUUGGCUUAAGUGGAAGGUGCAUCAGGGCAAGAUGCCAGUUCAAUGUGACACCACUGGACCCGCUCCAACCGGAGCCGUAUGCGGGCUGCGUCUACUUGUUCUCCUGUUCCAGGACCUGUGGUUCCGGUGGAUCGCCCCGGAGGAUUUCCUAAUAGAGCUACUCCACUGGCACCGAUCGAGGUGGGCUCUGGCCGGCGUGCCAGGGCCGGCAACUUCUGACGACUGCGCCUUCCUAGAUCGGAAUAUAGGUUGGGAUGCGGCUGUGGUCGACGUGGGCCCGCCGCCCACCUUCUGGCACCGUUUGGGCAGAUACAUCCACCGUGGAUCCCGGUGGGUUGAUGACAUCCGCGCGGUAACCAACAUACCACUAGACGAGGCCAUUGCUAGGCUACAUCACCCAAUGUGGCCGUGAACCGUAUCCCGACAUUACCAGUGUUAUAUUAACUCUGUACAACUAUUUCACUAUAGUCUGAAUAAUUAUUGAUAAUCGGAAAAUAAUGUUUAUUAUUAAUAUUUU